AAAGAAUGCAGCAGUCUUCGGGAGAAUAACCAGCUGGAAAAACUGUAGAGAAACCAGAAGGGACAAACUGCAACACAGACGUCUGCUGUCUACUUAGGCAGGCAACUACCGUGUUGAAGACUAGAACCUAUGAUUUACGGAUGAAGGGCACCACUCUCUCGUUAAAUUCACAACAGCCUGAUCCUUAGUGGCUGCAGCUGCUCCCUUGAGGGAUUUAAACAGUAUUGCAGGCUCUGAGCACCUCGUAAAAACGCAUCUGUGACUUAACGGCUAGCUAGGACCAUCAGCACGGACAGCAGUAGCUCUGCAUCUGCCAGUGUGACUCGCACCGCGUCUGUAUAAGCAGUAACGCCCGACACUGCCUCCUCUGGUGUCAGCCUGUCAACUCCGGCUAAGCACACUGCCUCCGCCUUCUCACUGCCUCGCCGAAACCAAACCAGCCCCACUCCAGCCUCCACUCCUCGCUGUAAGCAGAGCCAUGUCUACCAGCAGCGGCAGGACUUUGGACCGGGACGACGAUCUACCAGUCUACUUGGCCAGACCGGGCACAACCGAUCAGAUCCCCAGGCAGAAGUAUGGAGGCAUGUUCUGCAAUGUGGAGGGUGCAUUCGAAAGCAAGACCAUCGACUUUGAUGCUCUCAGUGUGGGAAGGAGGGGUGCCAAAACCAAUCGGAGCAGCACUGGCAAAACUGAAAAGUUGCAAGACCAAGGUAACAGCAGUCCUGCUGCAUCAAACACCGGCAAAGACCGACCGCUGGACAGCCUCUCAGAAAAUAAUCCUGGCGUGGAAAUUAAAACUGCAUCUGGCAAAGAAGUACUGCAGAAUCUGGAUGACAGUAAGAGUGAUCGAUUGUUGAUUAAAGGAGGCAGAAUUGUAAAUGAUGACCAGUCUUUUUAUGCUGACUUGUACAUGGAAGAUGGGAUUAUCAAGCAGAUUGGAGACAAUCUCAUUGUUCCAGGAGGAAUCAAGACUAUUGAAGCUAAUGGAAAGAUGGUCAUCCCUGGAGGGAUUGAUGUACAUACUCAUUUACAGAUGCCUUACAAAGGCAUGACCACUGUGGACGACUUCUUCCAAGGAACAAAAGCAGCUAUUGCAGGUGGAACCACCAUGAUAUUGGACCAUGUCAUUCCUGAGCCUGGAUGCAGCCUGAUUAAUUCAUAUGAACAAUGGCGAGAGUGGGGAGAUGCCGGUGUCUGCUGUGAUUACUCACUGCAUGUUGAUAUCACUCAGUGGAAUGACCGUGUAAAACAGGAAGUGCAAACACUCAUUAAGGAAAAAGGAAUUAACUCAUUUCUGGUUUAUAUGGCAUAUAAGGACUCGUAUCAGAUGUCUAAUAGUGAGCUGUACGAGGUGUUUAGUUAUCUUGGAGACCUUGGAGCCAUAGCUCAAGUCCAUGCUGAAAAUGGGGAAAUCAUUGCCCAGGAACAAACAAGAAUGCUGGAAGUUCUGGGCAUAACUGGUCCGGAGGGUCAUGUGCUGAGCAGGCCUGAGGAACUGGAAGCAGAAGCUGUUUUCCGCGCUAUAACUAUUGCCAGCCAAGUCAACUGCCCACUGUAUGUGACAAAAGUAAUGAGCAAGAGUGCUGCUGAUAUCAUUUCACAAGCCAAGAAAAAAGGUAAUGUUGUAUUUGGAGAACCUGUUACAGCCAGCCUAGGUACAGAUGGAACUCAUUACUGGAGUAAAAAUUGGGCCAAGGCAGCAGCAUUUGUGACAUCACCUCCUCUGAGUCCAGAUCCCACAACUCCUGAUUAUCUCACGUCAUUACUAGCAAGUGGAGAUCUUCAGGUUUCAGGAAGUGCUCAUUGUACGUUCAGUACAGCACAGAAGGCAAUAGGAAAGGACAAUUUUACUGUGAUUCCUGAAGGUACUAAUGGAAUUGAGGAGAGAAUGUCUGUGGUCUGGGACAAAGCAGUGGCAACCGGAAAGAUGGAUGAAAAUCAGUUUGUUGCUGUGACAAGCACUAAUGCUGCUAAAAUGUUCAAUCUAUAUCCAAGGAAAGGAAGAAUAGCUGUUGGAUCUGAUGCAGACUUGGUUAUCUGGGAUCCAGAUACAGUUAGAACUGUCUCUGCAAAAACUCACAAUUCAGCGGCUGAGUAUAAUAUCUUUGAAGGGACAGAACUGCGAGGUGCUCCAUCUGUUGUCAUCUGCCAGGGAAAAAUUGUGUUGGAGGAUGGAACUCUGCAUGUAAAUCGAGGUUCUGGAACAUUUCUGCCCUGCAACCCUUUUCCUGACUAUGUGUACAAACGUAUCAAAGCAAGGAGACAGUUGGCAGAACUCCAUGCUGUACCAAGGGGUAUGUAUGAUGGCCCAGUGUUUGAGGUAUCUUCCACCCCAAAAGGAGGGACCCCUGCUGGUUCAGCUAGAGGGUCACCAACCAGACAAACACCACCAGUCAGAAACUUGCAUCAUUCUGGAUUCAGCCUGACAGCUGGAACGCAACAAGAUGACACUCCUCGUCCGUCUGGACGACGUAUUGUAGUACCUCCUGGUGGACGAUCCAACAUCACAUCCCUGAGUUGAAAAUCUUAAGAAGUGGAAAAUAAUUUCACAGUAUAUAAGAAUUAUUAAAAAAUGAUUACAUGAUGAUGGUUAUUUCAGCCUGAAGAAAGCGAAAAGCCUCAAGCCUUACAAGUCACAAUUCAGAUACAACUUUCUUUCACCACUGAGACUGUUAUGUAUUGUUUUCUUUUGCCUAGCCUUAACAUUUCACCAUGCACAUGUACACCAAAGGGUCACAGUGACGGUGGUGUUUGCAUUUUACUUCAAAAGGAAUUGCUUUCUGCAAACUGGGACAGGCACUUCUGCAGCAGUAAUUUAUAGGGGACCUCAAUAAAAAAAAAUCUGUUGAGACUUAAUAUUUAUGGAAGCACUAUGGUUUCCAUCACUUAAUUGGUUGUGAAAGCAGUGUUUAGUUUAGCUGUAGCAAGAAGUAUUGCUUAAAUCUUCAAACAUAAUUAUUCUUUUAUUGUUUAUGAGUCAAGUAAACUGAUAGUUGAAGAACUGAAAAGCCAUCAUUACUGGUGCUUUGUGAAACUAUAAGAUGCACUCCUGAACCAUGAAGGACAAUGUUGUAAAUAUGCACAUAAUCUUAUUGUAAACGAAUCACUUUGCAUAGAUGAUUUUUUAUUUAAACAUGUUAAUUUACAAAAUGCAUAAACACCAGAAUUCUCCAGUGAAGAAGUGUAGACAGUGCUGUCAUAGAACAUUUGCCAUUUUUUGUGUUUGUACUUUUUCCUUGGGGGUGUUAAGGCUUUACAACAGAAUAAAAAUGUAUACGUUUCUAAGACAGAAUCAUACUUUUCUUCACAACUGCUUCAUUAAAGCAGAUACUUGCGCAAAGGCUGGGCAACAGGCUAUGAGUUCACUGCAUUACAGAAGCCCAAGUGCAGCUAUAAUAUUUUGUCAGUGACUAUCUGACUAUCCUUUACUCAGUACAAGGAUUUGAAAUGUGAAUGGAUGACAAAGGACUCUAACACAACUGUCACCUCUUUUUAACGACUGUGUCAGUGUAUCUAUUCUUUUAGUCCCUUGGGUUGGGAGAGGACUUUUUUAACUCAGCAUACAUAUUUUUAUCUUGAUUUUUCAUCUGAAGGUACCUGUUUUUUCUUAUGUAGAAUAAAUACUAAAUAUUUUAGGAGGAUAGGAAAAUAUUUAAAAUGUUUUGAUUUUUUUUACAAUAAAAAUUAUUUCUUUCUCAGUUAUACCACUGGGCAGGAGGUGAGAGCUACAACACAUAGCCAUGUAUUACUUCAGACUGCUACUUAAUGAUAAAAUGCCAUUCAUGUGCCACUUAGGUUGCAACGGGCACUAAAAAAUCAGAGUUAUUUCAUGCAAGAGGUAUAUGCAAAUAAAUGAAUUUCAUAAACUUGUAUAGCAUGCUUCUGAAACACUGCAGUAGUCUGGUAGAACUUCUCAUUACUUCCAGAAGAGAUGCUAAAAGCAAAUGAGUUAGAGUACAUGACUCACAUCAUAGUUCUGUAUUUAUAUAUAAUUAACUUCUUAAGAGCUGAUCUGCUUAUCUGAUCUAUUAGAGCCUUUUCUCUACCAACAUGUGGGAAAACAACAAUAUGUAGAGUUGUUUGCAUCUGAAAUAUAACACAAACAAGUACUGACCAUCUUAAAAAAACUAAAUAGGGAAGUGAUGCAGCAUUUCUUUCCUUAUGCACACCUUUAUAUUCUAUCCUUAAUUCACAUUCUGAGGCGUAUGUUAGGUUAUGCACUAAAAAGACUGCAUAAUUUUUACGUGUUACUGCUCAAAAUGCCUAAAUUCUGGUUUAUAGGUAUUUUUUUUAAUUAAUUUUCAACCAGGUAAGAUCAUUGGACACACACGUCCCCUUUUCAGUGGUAACCCAAGAGCACUGUUUGGCUAAGUGACUUUCUUCAAGUCACAAAAAAGGAAAAUGAAAACUAUAGGAAUCAAACCCUGUACUGUGGGCUAUACACAAUAGUUUGUCAACAGUUUAGAGCUAUAAUCCCCUGUGGUGACUGCCAGAUUACUUAAAUCUGAGCUAGCACCACUUAGGAACAGGAUUGCUUUAGCCAAAAUUUUAGUGCAUUUGUAGAUGCAAAACAUAACCAUUAGUUCUUUGUACAUAGCUCUCCGUUUACUCAAAAUAAAGAAAAAAUACUGCAAAAUUAGCAAUAGAAUAAUUAAUAUGUUCGAGAUGAAAUACAUAAGUUUCUUAAUCUCAUUUUCAGUAGUUGCAGCCUUUCACAGAAAAAGUCUAAAGCAAGAUGAAAGAACUGCCUUUUAAUAACUGUGGUACAUAGCUCUCAACUUCUUACUGAAGAAUGAGGAACAAAAGCCAAAAUCGAUGAGGUACAAAGGCCUAAAAUCAAAUGCAUUUUUUUAAAUUGUUUAUUUAAAAAGUUAAUAGAACAACAGGCUUUGCACUAACAUGCAUUUUCUGAUGAAAAAGUAUGAAACUAAUGCCUGGAUUAUUGACAAUCUAUAAUCCUUGGUGAUUUACCAGAAUAUCAAAAACAUUUUAAGGGGCAGUGCAAUGGUAUGAGGCAAAACUGGGGAUGUUCUGCAAAAUCAGGAACAUUUGAGAACUAAGCUCUGGUAUUAGGAGUGAUGGACAGGAAAGUAAUAAAUCUGCAUAAGUCCGUUAAUUUGUGUUUUACUUGUAAUUGGAAGGUAGCUACUUCUAUCACUAUUUUAUUACGCAAAUAACGCGUCAUUGACCUCUUUAGGGACUGUCUUUUUAUAAGCUGUUUGCUUGGCAAUUUUUUAAAUUUCUCUAAUGAGUCACACCAGUUUCAGAGGAACUUUAAUAUAAUAGGCUGAAGUGACACGUAAUCUUUUAAGAGCUGAAGCCUCUUUUUGCCUUAAAGAGGAAAAAUAAUAUGUAUGUGCCGUGUCAGAAACAGUGAAUUGUAUGAACUUUCCUUAUGAACACAGAAGGUUGGUCGAUACUUCCUUUUAUCUUAAUUAGUAUGUCUUAUUUAAAAUAGCAAAUGUUAGAAAAAAAAGGGAUAGUAAUUUCCAUCAAGAAAAGAGGCAUCCCAGCCUUACCUGUGUGCUUGGAAACAUAACAAAUGUGCUAUGUCAUUUGAAACAUGAGGAAGGAAAGGUAUUUCUAAUUGUUCCUGAUUUUUUGAAGCAUACUGCUUAUGCAGAAGGACAUUAAGACUAUGUUUCUGCACUCAUUAAUAGCUUACACAAAGUGUAUUUAGUCACUUUUAUAAUGUUUGUUUUCACAAGAAGAAAAUUGGUUACACAUUUCCCACAUUUAAUCUGUUAUAACAUUUUGUACAGUGACAGCAACUUGGAUUAAAAUCCAGUCUGACAUACCAUUUCAGCACUAAGGUUUUCACUGUUCAUGCACCCUUUGUUAGUUUUUAAAUCAGUGUCUCAGUUUUCCAUGCGGGUCUGCUUUUCUUUCUGGCCCUAAGUUCCACACAAAAAUUCACUAAAAGAGCAGGUGAUUUCUACCGGUGCUGUUCACCAGUGUUCCUGUGUGCCUAUGGAGGCAAGAUGAUAUACUUUGUACUCUGUCACUUGUCAUUGUGCCCUUUAUUGCUAGGUCCUUAAGCAUGCUAGAUAAAUACAGAAAAUAUGACAUGCAAUGAGAUUUCCAACCUAAAUGCAUUGGCUUUGUGUUGCUGCUUCAGCAUUCAAGUAAUUUCUCGAGCAAAACCAUUUCCAAACCACUGCCUGCAGUUUGUUCAGGCUAUACUUUUUGUAGAGAUAAAUAAAUAAAUAAGUUGUGAGGAAGGAAAGGAUAUAUUUAUCACAUUUGAAUAAGUACUUUUGUUCCAUUCUAGUACAUUUGUAUUUUCUGGCUGCAUCCAGGCAGUUUCUGUCACAUUGUGCCUGUUCAGUUUAGAGUGCAGAUAGCAUUGCUUCAUCUGUGUGACACAGUUCCUUAAUUUCUAAUUUACUGAAUUACAACUGCAUUUUAAGGUACUCGUAUUCAAAAAUUCAGCAAAUUAUCAUUGUGGAAGUUGUUUUUUUUUUUCUCCGUCAAAAGGAUGAUUUUUAACAAACAAGAUAAUGUGCUGCAGUUGUAUAAUAACUCAGUUACAUGUUGAAGGGUCUUGCCUUGAGGAGUUGGGGCCAGACUGAAGAAUUCUUUCUGAGUAAUAAGAAUGGCUGACUUCAGGUUAUCGUUCUCACAGCUGGCAGACAUACAUAAAUUUGAUGAUUACUGGGACACUAACAAUCCUGAGAUACUGAUAAUUAAUAUUAUGCUCUCAAUAUGGUAUGACAGCCUGAUAUGAAAUGGAUAGUAAAAACAAAUCUGCACAGGGAAAUUCUGUAUACUGUGUGUGUACUUUGCAACUCAAGACUCAUAUGAAGGAAACUACUAGUGUGGUGGGUUUUACUCUUGAUUCUGUACCACUGGAAAGAACAUUACAUAGUGUUUCAAUUAAGUUAGCAAAUGCGUCAGUUACUGAAUCUUAAGUAGAAAUAGAUAUAGUUCACUGGAUUUCGAGAACUGCAUUGCUUAUGUACCCAGUUGAGCGCAUUUACACAUAGCUUUCUUUUACCAGCUAACUAGCUUUGUUAAGCAACUAUUUUUUGCUGAAUUUAUUAGUUUGUUUCUUGAGAUCCUUUUUGCAGAAAUACACUCUCACUUUCUUUAGGAGUUUGUUAUUACUAGUUUUGGUCGUCAUCGUAUUUAUAUUUUUCACUGUUUCUAAAAAUACACAGAUGUGUUUUUUUUUUUUUUUUUCUUCAGACAAUGGAUGAAGAGAGUGCAGCCUCCUAAUAUCACUGCUUUCAAAGUAUUUGUUUUUAACACUAGCUUGAAGUAAAUAGCUACCUCUAAGCUUUCAGAGUGUGCUGUCCCAGUUUUGUCUACAGUUGUGUUUUUUUAUAUAAGAGCAAUCCUUCGAUACAUCUGUCAGAUGUAGACACGAAAACUAUAUAAUUACUAAUGUCUCGACAGCAGACCGCAUUAGAUGAGUGUUGCUUUCCCUUUUGGGGCAUUGUACAUUACUUUAGCAUGCUGGGAAAUUGGGUUGCUCUUAAAAGAUUAUGAUUCAGUCUGAACAUGUUAUACUUUUUAUAAGCUUGUCAUAUCUGUUUUUGUACAUUGUAGUUUUAUUUUGCAGUACUUUUCCAUGAAAAUGUUCUCUUGAUUUUAGAACUUUUUCUUUUAAUGUAUGCCACUGUUGAACAUGGUUUGAAGCUAUGUUUUGAGACUCUGAAGUAAACUGUUAAGAUGUCACAUGUAAA